AUGGCUCUGAUCAGCUUGUUGGAAUUGGCUGACCUCUCCAUAGGGACGCCGGAGAUCGGGGUGGUCAACUUUAAUGCCCUCCACACUUUGCUCCAUGCCAUCAUUAAACAACUCAACCUGCAGGAUGUCAAAGCCGAGAUGCAUGAGGAGAAACCUAAGCCCCCGGAACCCGUGCCUCUGCCGGAGAAAGAGAAGAAGGGCAAGCGCGAUGAGUCAGAAGACUUACCCUAUGCUGACUUAGAGAAGAAGGUCAUUGGGGUGGCGGCUCAGGUGCAUGGCGUGGAGGCCACGGUGGUUGGGGUGGAGGCCAAGGUGGUUGGGGUGGCGGCGCAGGUGCAUGGCGUGGAGGCUCAGGUCCAUGGAAUAGGGGAACAGGUUCAAGGUCUUGAGAAGCAAAUGGCUGCCCUGGAAAAAUUGCCUUCUGGGACAGACUUGCUGGAGAGGACCAAGAGCGGCUCUCCGAAUGGAUCUGCUGUGGCUGACAUGUGGCAAAUGAUGCAGAUGAAGAAAAAGAUAGAAGCUAAUGAGAAUGGCAUCUCCAAGGCCAUGGCUCUGUUCCAGGAUCUGCUGAAUGAGGUCAAUGGCGUGAAGACGGCUAAUUUCCAUAUGAACGAGGGCCUCGAAAACAUCAAGGAGAAACUUGACUUGAAUUUACAACUAGAUACCCAGGAGAUUGGCAAUCGACUGCAGACCUGCAUCGCUGAUCAGAAGAACUUGGAUAAUGAUGUGAGGAACCUAGAGCGAAGGAUAAACCUCUAUCCUUCCCCCGAAGAAAUGUAUAACAUGGUGCGCUGGGAAGUUCUGGAGGACUGUCUUGUGACAGGCAAAGAGAAGGACAAACACCUAACCUCAUCCACGCCGCGAGAGUCCUCCGGGUCCAGCAGCGCCUCCAGUCGCUAUUCAGAUACUGUGGAAGCGCUGCGCCAGAUCGGGCAGCUGACCGACCUCUACACCGCCUUGCAGGAGCAGAUAAACCACCUGGAGCAAUUCAAGUGUAGCCACGCCGACCUCGACAAGCUGCGACAAUUCUUCUCGGAUGCAGUCCCUAAGAACCUCUCCAGCAUGCCUGCUGACCUCAUGGAGCAGCUGUCUUCCCUGAAGGCCACGGCAGAAGACAUGAAAGAUGUAAAGGCCAAGGUAAGGAAGCUGCAGAAUGUCCUUGAAGCAGAGGUGGCAACAGAAGCAGAUCAGAAAGUGGAGGGAUCCAGUCAGAUUAACCUGCAGUUAGGUUACCUCAGAUCGACAGUGCACGACAUAGAGAAAGAGCUGCAGGAGCUGAGGGAGCAGCAGGAUCACGGCAAAGCCAAGCUGGAGCAGUCGGUGACUGACACAGCCCUCUACCUGCAGGAACAGUUAGACAAGCUUAGAUCUAUCAUAGAGAACAUGAUGGCCUCCUCCUCCACCUUGCUAUCCAUGAGCAUGCCCACUAGCCCGGAGCCUGGGGAGGCAGCGCCGCAUGGCACAUGCCCGGCCUGCAGCCUAGACGUCAGCGAGCAGGUUAGCCAGCUGUUCAAACGCUACGAACAGCUGCAGGAUUUAAUUAGCAGCUUCAUGACGAGGCAUGCGGAAAGCAAGCCAGCAAAGAGGCCGCAGCUGAGGAGCCAGGAUGAAGAGCUGCUGAGUCGCAUCCAAAACACCAUCCUCCAGGUGCAAGGAGACUGUGAGAAUCUCAAUGCCACCACAGGGAACCUCGUAGAAGACCAUCGGCAGAAGCAGAAAGAUAUCUCUCUUCUCUUCCAGUCACUGGAGAAGUUGGAAAAGGAGAAAGCAGACAAGGAGCAUCUGGAGACAGAAAUUGACGUGAAAGCAGACAAGAUCGCCCUGGCUGGCAAAGUCAGCCGCACCCAGUUUGAUGCCACCACGGAGCAGCUGAAUAAGAUGAUGCAGGAUCUGGUGAACAAGAUGAGCGGGCAGGAGCAGGACUGGCACAAAGUGCUCGACAAAAUCUUGGUGGAGAUGGACUCCAAGCUGGACCGCCUGGAAUUAGAUCCCUUCAGACAGCAGCUGGAAGAGCGUUGGAAGGCCAUCCGGAAACAGCUGAAGGAGAGCUCUCCGCAGUACGAAGCGGACGAUGCUGCUGGAAUUAGGAAAAGACUGAUGGCUCAUUUCCACUGCAUUUCCUGCGACAGGCCUCUGGAAAUGGUGGUGCCCGGCCCGACCAUCAUGACUGUCCCCUCCGUGCCGGGGUUACCAUCCCACCGCUCCAUCCGGCCCUACACCGUCUACGAACUGGAGCAAGUCAGGCAGCACACCCGCAGUCUGAAGUUAGGGCUUAGGCCCUUCCCUCGCUUGGAUGCGCUCCAGCUGGAGAAGAGCGUGGGCCUUGGCAAGCUGCGCAGCAUCCACUCCAAGAUGCUCAUGGACAUAGAGAAGGUGCAGAUCCACUUUGGGGGCUCGGCGAAGGCCAGCAGUCAGAUGAUCAGGGAGAUAAUGCAGUCGCAGUGUCUCAGCCCAAGCCAUGACAAGAUGGCGGAGAUGGCGGAAUACGGUUACCUGUCCAUGCCUCGGCGCUGCGGCGGCAGCCACACCCUCACCUACCCCUACAGGCGCUACACACGGCUGCAGCAAAUCGCCCAGUGUAUGCCGGUGCAUCCCGAGGAGACUGCCAUGCUGACAGUGAUGAAGCAUGAAGAGGUGGAUAUCCUGGGCCUGGAUGGACACAUCUACAAAGGGCGGAUGGACACUCGGCUCCCAUCAAUUUCAGCCAAGGAUGGUCCUUUGAAGUCCAAACCCAAGCUCUCCCGGUCUUCAUCACAACGGCAGCCGACCCUGAUGGACACAGCUGGCCUCCCGGCACGCCCACACAGCGCCAAACUGUCUUCCCCCAGCAAUUCAGGUACCUCGCUUGGGUCCAGAUGGGAGCUGGAGCCCCCUGAGAAUUUACUGUCUGAUGAGCAUGUGCUACUGAGAGGCUCCUAG